UUCCUGAAACUCUGCUUUACUUGAAUUCAGGAAGCUUUUCCCCCUACUGAGAGAGACACCGAGACGGGAGGGGAAGGGGAUUGGACAGUCUGAGUGACACCAGGCAGAGGGAGAUACAGCAGCAGCCGUCAGAGAGUCAAGUAGAGAGACAGAUAGAGACCACUAUAAAGAGACCCCUGAGGAUGUGCAGCUCCCAUAGGUGCCACUGAUCAGAACUGCACAAAAGCUGAAUAAAGGGGAAAUUGCCCAAAGAGAACAGACUUUCCUUGGCACCAGCUGGUGAGAGAAGGGCACAGAGUGAAUGUGACAGCUCUAAAGAGGAGACGUGGGGCAUUGGACAGUAACAAGUCAAUGAUGAGAAAAGUGAAAUGAUUUAUUGUCUUAAAAUAAUCCCAGGGACCUGGAGGAUGACUGGCCACCUGCUGCUUAUGGUCUUAUGGCUCGGGGUUGUUCCCAGCUUUUCUAUCGAUAUCCCAUUACCAGCUGCUAUUCUGAUCAGAGGAGAACCUGUAGGGGUUACAUCACUUCUGAGUCGACAGAGAAGGUCCCACCUGGAGAAUGUCACAGAGGAGGAGAAAUGUGCGGACGAUGAAUACAAACCCCCGGAUCUGAAUCAUUGCUGCAAGAAGUGUGCGGCAGGUUUCUAUAGGACCCAGCAUUGUCCUAAAAAGAACCAAGUAACACAGUGUCUUUCUUGCAAACCUGGCACCUAUACUGAAGUAUCCAACAGCAUAACAAAGUGCAGAAGGUGCUCUUCAUGCACUUCCCAACACGGGCAUGUGAUUGUACAGAGUUGUACUCGGAAUAAGGAUACUGUUUGCGGAUGUCAUCCGGGUCGGUUCCAAGUCAAGGUUGCCAGUACUUUCAUAUGCAAAAACUGCAGCCACUGCUUGAAUGGAACUGUAAGCAUCCCAUGUAAUGGUUACAAUGACACGAUCUGCACAUGUCACUUUGGCUUUUACUUUGAUCGAGGAAGCAAGAGAUGCCUUUCCUGUGAUAUGUGCCAGGAUCCAAGCUGUAAGCAGCACUGUCCUCCUGUAUUAGAAGUUAAUAAACGACCUCGAGAAAACCAUUACUGGCUGUAUGGGAUGCUGGGACUCCUAUCUGUCGUAUGUUUGGCCGGUGCAACACUUUUCCUGGUUCGUAAUACUUUAAAGAAGUCCAUUUGGAAUGCUCACAAAGUGCUGUCCCCAAGUAACACGACAGAUCCCAAGUCUCAAAGUGAAACUCUAUUGCUUGAUAAAACUGAGGACUCACAGACAGUGAAUUCUACAUCAGGAAACAUGAUCCAUUAUGUGCAGGAGACUGAUGGGCCCCUCUGCAAGUCUCUCCCAUUGCCUGACGUCACACAAGAAACUCGCCUACAGUGUUUUCAGGAUCCAGUGGAACUUUAUAGUCUUGUCGACAGCAUCCCUAUGCCCCGCUGGAAGGAGUUUGCCAGGCGUUUGGGCCUCAGUGAUAAUGACAUUGACAGAUCCGAAAGGGAUAACCGGCGUUACAGGGAUGCGCAAUACGACAUGCUUCUGACCUGGAAGGACAGGGUGGGAUUUUCUGGUGCCACAAGAGAUGCAGUUUGUAAAGUCCUGAGGGAAAUGGAAUUAGCGACAUGUAUAGAAAAAAUCCAGGAAUAUCUCUAGUUGCCAGUGUUUGUGUCAUCAGAAACUCUAAGACCAGAGGACUUCAGCCACCACCUUGUCUGUAGUUCUGAACCUGCAAGUUCUGCUUUGUACAGUACUUCAUAUAUCACAUGUCAUUUUGAACCUAUUUUUAGUUUUUUCUUUUGCCAAACUGUGUCUUUUUUUUAAAAAACAAGUGUAAAUAGGUGCUACAUUAGGUGCUACAUUACCUUCGGCUUCUACAAAAGUGCCCGUUUUCCAUUUUAUCCAAUUCCUAGACCAAGUGUCAUGCCAGGACUCUCGUUGCCUUGUGAUUGCAAACUCUACUGGACAAGGAUACUGUGCUGGGAAAUUUUCUACAACCAUGUGUGAAUCUUGUAGUUUUGUUAUAAAAAGAAAAAAAAAAAAGAAUAAAGACAUAGGAUGAAUGUA